AAUUUCCUUGUCAUUGUUUUUGUUGUUCGGAUGUUGAUCGGUAGAGGGCGCUAACAAUUUACAGCAGCACACAAACGACAGCUUUUGAGGAUGUGACGUGUUAGUUAACGGGUACAAUCCUUUUCAAUCUACCGGACUGUAACUCGGAUAGAAGUAGUCACGAGGAGAUGCAAAGACCACCCAUCCGGAUGGCCGCUUUGUAAGCUGGGAUGAGGAUGAUGUGCAGCCACUACUCAGGCAGGUUGUCAGGGGCAGCAUAUCUGUCAGUUAGCUAACAAGAAUGGAGAAUGAUGACGCUUGUCUUUAUUAAUGGAAACGACAUUUGGCGUACUUUACUUACUCGACGCUGCGCUGUAUUUUUAAGGCUUAAUCCAAGUCGUCAACAUCGCUUUCCCCCCGAACUAACUAGAGGUUAGCUGUGGGGUUUGGUUAGCUUAGGUUAGCCUGUAAAUCAGCCAGCUAAACGCUUACAGAAAAUAAACCUUGUCGUUCACGUUGCAUUUGCGUGGUGCAAAAAUGGAAGACAUGAUUCAGGAGGAUUUGUUAGAGCAGGAGCAAGAGGAACCCAUCAUCAGCAAGAAUUCAAUGCGGCAUUACAAUGCACCGUUUCGGUCUACUCGGUUGCACAUCCAGAGAAGCAACGUUUGCUCUCGGGCUUAUUUUGUUGUGAUCAUGGUCUUCUUCCAUGUGUAUAUCCUGAACGUUAUCGCCCUGUUGCUGUACGUGCACUAUAACAACGGCCCCGGGGAUUUAGUGAGCGGCGGAGACGGGGAUGCCGCUGCCCCUGUCCGUGACAGUAGAAGUCGUUUGCCCCAGCCUGCUCCUCCAUCAUUAGGGAAGAUGCACGAUGAAGACGAGGAGGAGGAGGAGGACUACAGCCUGAGUUUCAGUCUUCAUCGUAUGGAGGGGAUACGGGUUGGACAUGUUCAACAAGUGUCCAUUGUACCAGACAGACUACAUGAGAUGAAGACACUCAGCCUGAAACCUUUGCUGUUUGAGAUCCCCGGUUUUCUGUCAGAGGAGGAGUGUCGUGUGGUGGUGCAGCUGGCUCAGCUCAAGGGUCUGAUGGACAGCCAGCCGUUAACACCCAGCCAGGGACAGGAAUUGAACCAGCCACUACUUUCGCUCAGCACAGAGGAAGUCUUUAGUCUGUUGGACCUGAAUCAAGAUGGAUUUCUGCAGAAGCAAGAGAUUUUGAGUCAUUCGCGUUCUCGAGACGGAACCUGGUUGAGCCCAGAAAACUUACGACAAAUCCUGACCGGUCUGGAAGUCUGUCCUACAGGGAUGCUGACCCUGGGGGACUUCAGGCGGGUGUACGAUGUGUCUCGGCGUCCACCACAGCAGCGAAGCGGGAAGCUGCAUAGUCACUUCAAACAGAGAAACCAUCAUACGUGGCUGUAUCAAGGACCAGGAUCUCACCAUGUGCUGCAAACACUCAGGAAAAGGGUCAUCGGUCUGACACGUUCGCCCUCCUCGUUGGUCGAGCUGAGCGAGCCGCUGCAGGUGAAUCGUUAYGAGCACGGAGAUUUCAGCAGCGCUCACCAUGACAGCAGCUCCUYCCACCCAGAGACCACCUGCGCACACACACGACUGGCAGGAAACACAUCAGCUCUCACAGAGGUCUCUUGCAGGUAUCUGACCGUCUCGUUGUACCUCAGCUCUGCAGAGGAUGGUGGUGAAACUACCUUCCCUGUAGCGGAUAAUCGUACCUACGAUGAGCARGCUCUGAUCCAGGAUGGAGUGGAUUUGACAGACACCCAACAGACGUGUGGCAAAGGGAAUCUGAGAAUAAAGCCCAUCACUGGGACCGCUCUCCUCUGGUAUAACCAUCUCUCUGACGGCAGAGGUUGGAUGGGCGAGUUAGACGAGUAUUCCCUGCAUGGCGAAUGUCCAGUCAGGCGAGGAGUGAAGUGGGUGGCCAACAGYUGGGUUAAUGUGGACCCGGAUCACCAGCAGCAGGCUCGCUACCAGAGACUAGUAGCUCAAAGGCAUCAAACAAAGUCUGGCAUGGAGGACCAGUACUAUCCUCUUUCACACAGUGACCUCCAUCUGGAUCUAUAGUUAUAUUCUUGUACAGGUAUAACUUUACAAAUCAGCUUUUUUUAAACCAAGUCUUUUUCUCCAGUGAAAUCCAGCUGAUAUGUAUACAAUGUCAAAAAGGAUGCAGAACUGUGAAGUCGACUCACACUUGUUUCUUUUGAUUUUGCUUCCAAAGAGCCAAACUUUCUUGUGAUCUUUCUAAAGGUCGUUCAAAAAUAUCUUACAAAGAAUUUUAUCCUUGGAAAUUGGUUGAUUUGUACUCAUGUUCAGCCCCGUACUCAUGCCAACCUGAUUUUAAAAUUCCCCUUUAUUAAAUUAGCUAUUAGCAUCUAGUGACAAUGAUAAAACUAGUUCCUUCCUGUCAUCAACAUAAAGCGCAAAAAAUAGCAACAUAACAAGAAAAAAAAAGGAAUUUUGGCUCAAGGAAGGUGAUUCCCAAAGGGAUGUGAACCAAAAACGACACAACAAGAAAAAAAUCUCUCACCUGUUGACAAUUUUAGUUUACUCAGUUGUAAGGGACAACACACACCACAUAYAGAUAUGUUUGCAGCUAAUAGCUUUUUAUUGUGCUACAAUACACUGCUUUUUUAAACUUAUAAAACUACACCGUAAGCAAUAAGGUAAAAUUUAAUUUUUUUUUGUAAGUUAGUUUAAAAACCUUUGCUCAUCUUGCCUGAAAAAUUACAAAGGAGUCCUCUUUGGAAGCAAAAUCUAAAGGAAUUUAGCGUGGGUUAACAGUUUUGCUUAUUACUGUGGUUGAAGUGAGAAUUGCACAAAAUUACUUAUAUCCUACUAAAAAAUGUUGUUUUUUUAUGGUGCGUUGAUACAUAUAUGAGUUCAACUUUAUAUUAUUUAUUGUAAUUAUUUUAUUUAUUUAUUCAACUCCAUGAAACUGCACUUUAAAAAUUGUUUAAAAAAACAACAAAUAAGAACACAAUGAGAGCUAUGAAAGCUGCCGUUAUAACUCAAAGAAGCCUGCUUACCUACUUUUUGUUUGACUUUAGGCAUCUCUUUUUGCAGGUCAUCAGGUUUAUUUAUUCUAUUUAAAUUUUUCUUAUUAUUAUAUGGCAUGAAAGCCCUUUGUUAAAAGCCAUGUCAUAAUAUUUGUGUGUGAAUGUGUUUCCAAGUGACAAGUGAGAGACAUUUCUGUGUUGGCUCUGUCUUUAUUUGUGAUUGCACAGUUAUAAAGUGUUAUUUAAUAAGAACUAACCAAAAAAAGGGUCAGAACUAUCUUGGACUAGGCAACAAUAAAUACAAAGCCAUUCCUUCAGGUGAGAUUUUAAAGGUUUGUCAAUUUUUCAUUUUUUGACAACUUGAACUUAUUUAUUAUGAGACUGUUUAUUUGAGACUUAUUUAUCACCAUGGUUUGAUCAUUUAUAGUGUAUUUAUAAAUGCUUGGUAUUGCACUCAAUCUGUAACUGUGUUUCUGUAUUUGUUGUGUGAGACAAGGAAUGUAUUUCAUUAAAGCUUUGUUUAAUUAGUGGUGCGCA